CAGAGGGUUGAAAUGGAGAAGCAGAAGAAGAAAGCAGGCAUGUCCAGUACAUACAUAUACAACCCCAGCAGCGGACGUCACUUAAAGCCUGAAUCAAAGCCUCCUCCCAGUGCUGCCAUGGCGGUGGAUAAAAAUAAAACACCAGUUUUACGUAACUGGUUUAAUUUUUCCUUCAGAAAACCAAAACCACGUCCAGUGUUUGAUGUUCAAGAUGAGCAGAGGCAGCAGCAAGGAAGAAGAGGAGGAGGAGAAGUGGUGGUGGUGGAGGCAGCAGCAAGGAAGUCAGUGUCUCAUGUGGAAACCAAUUUGGUAUCAGUGGCUGAGUUUCUUCAGGUCAAAGUCUUGGUCUCUGACAUGCCUGGCUUCAUGCAAGUCCAUGCCUUUCGCAGUGCAAGGCGAACUUAUGACAGCUUGGAGAAGUUUAGCUCCAAACACAUGGCUUAUAACUUAAAAAAGGAGUUUGAUAAAAUGUAUGGGCCGGCAUGGCAUUGCAUCGUGGGCUCGGGUUUUGGGUCGUUCGUUACCCAUUCAACAGGUUGUUUCCUCUACUUUUCAAUGGAGAAACUCUGCAUUUUGUUGUUUAGAACUAAAAUCCAGAAAGCCCAGGAUUGA